CUACUCACGCACCACUCUAUCCAUGUUUCCUUCAGUUGAUGGUCGCCUUGCUAUCUUCGCCGUCUUACCUGCUUCCCUGGUUGUCAUCAAAUCCCUCCAAUGGCUCGUUAGGAACAAACAGAACAAACUUCCCCCUGGCCCAGUGCCGCUUCCACUGUUAGGAAACGUCUUAUCUAUCAACACCAAGGAACCUUGGUUGACUUAUACCGAAUGGGCUGCUACUUAUGGAGACUUGGUUUUCGUGCGACUUCUAGGACAGGAAGUCUUAGUGAUCAAUUCUCAGCACAUUGCAGAAGCCUUGCUGAACAAGCGUUCUCGCAUUUACUCCGAUCGACCAUACGUAGCCACAGUUAAGCCAUUUGGCUGGUCGGUCAACUUUGCAUUCACAGGCUAUGGUGACGAAUGGCGUCUUUGUCGGCGCCUCUUCCAUCAGACUUUCCGUCCCAACUCAGCACUCAAAUUUCGUCCAAUGCAGCUCAAGCAGGCUCGUGAGAUGAUCGUCAGCCUAAUUGAUGACCCUCAACAUUAUCGUUCCCACUUCGCAACAUUCUCUGUAUCAGUCGCGAUGUCGGUGACAUACGGCUAUCAAACUGGCCUUCGUGAUGAUCCUCUGGUUCAACUCGUAGAUGAUGCACUGGCCAUUGGGAUUGAGGUGGUGACUCCAGAGAGAGCAAUCUUGCUCAAAACCUUCCCCUUCUUACUGAAGUUACCUGACUGGUGCUGGGGAUCCUCAAUCAAACGCGAGGCUCAAGCUUCCACCAAUCUCAUGACUGAAACGACGGAGGUGCCAUUUCGAUAUACAAAGCAGCAUAUGGUCGGGAAUUUGGUGCAUGGUCAGUUUUCAAUGGUGGCAGAAAAUCUUCAGCGAAUGGAGAGGCAAGACGAGGCAUCCAAACUAUUAUUUGAGGGUGCCUUAAAGAAAGCAGCUUCUACUGCUGUUAUGGGUUCAUACGAGACGACUACUUCAAUCUUGAUGGCUUUUGCUCUCGCCAUGGUUUCUUACCCAGAUGUUCAAAAACGCGCACAAACGGAGAUCGACUUGGUGGUUGGGCGGGAUCGCUUACCUACAUUUGAAGACAGAGCGUCACUACCAUAUGUUGAAUCUGUUCUGCGGGAGACUUUGCGAUGUCAGCCUAUCGGACCCAUUGUGCCACGUGCCACCUCGAGUGAUGAUAUAUAUGACGGUUACUUUAUUCCAAAAGGAACGAUUGUCCUAUGCAACAUAUGGAACAUUUCACGGGAUGAAAAACGGUACCCUGACGCAUCUACGUUUAUACCAGAGAGAUUCAUGGACGCCGAUGGUGGGCUGACGGACGAUGACCCAGCUGAAUAUGUAUUUGGCUUUGGCCGACGUAUAUGUGCAGGCCGGUAUGCUGCUGAUGCCUCUGUGUGGUCUGCUAUCGUGACUAUGUUGGCCACGGUGGAGUUUUCUCCUGCCAAAGAUGACCAGGGCAAAGUGAUCGAAUUUACCCCCCAAUUCAAGACGGGACUCACUCGUGCUGCUACGGUCUUUCCCUGCAGUAUUUCUCCACGUUCUCAUGUUCAUUCAGGAAUUGUGGACGCUUUACGAACGGGGGAGUAAUAUGUAUAUGGUCUCAUCGUCCUUUUCUAUGUUCUGACUUGGGCCAACUGCCAAUCUGUCAGUCCCCUGCAUGAUCUUUUCGUGCCACAUUGUUCUCAGUGUACUUAUAACCGACAAGUCCUUUUUUCAGUUCGAAUUGCGUUGGCACAUAUGCCUUGUUUGAGUAGUUUUGAUUUUCUACUUUGUCUAUAUUUUAUGGAUGAAAAUAUGACGCUUCGAUAUGACACUCCAAA